AAUCAAAAUGUCAAAGUCGAUGUGAUUAUUCAACCGUCAAACUCGAUUCAAAGCACUGGUGCUCAUUUCACAACUGUGAUUGAAACUGUGAUCAAACACAACAUCGAACUGAAAUUGGAUAGUAAGAUUUUUACUAAUUUUUUCUCCAAAGGAACCAGAACAGGCACAAAAAUGUCGUACAAGAAAAUUGGCGAGUUGUAUUUAAUAUUGGCUGAACUGGAAGAUAUGCAAAAAGAGACACGUGACGAAGGUAAUGAUGAACUUUUGCGCCGAAGUGAACGUAUACGUGAACUUAAAAUCAAAGCAAUAAAACAACAAAUUGAUGAUUUGAAACAGCAAAUUAAAUCGGAUAUAUCGAAAUUGCCAAACAAUUGUCGGGUGCAUGUCAAAACAUUGACUGGGAAAGCUUUGACAAUAAAAUGCUGUAAUGGUCUUGGCAUGGCCACUGAAGUCAAUCACAAUCCAUCCGAUACAGUCGAAAUGCUGAAACUAAAGAUUUUGUUAGCAGAAGAUAUUCCGGUCACUAUGCAACGUUUGAUUUUUAGGGGAAAGCAACUCGAAGAUGGCAAAACAAUAGAAGAGUGCGGUAUUGAAAACAAUAGUACUGUGCAUUUUUAUCUUCGCCUCCGUGGUUGUUGAAUUUUGCGAAUCUUGCAUCGGUUCAUCAAU